CAACAGGCAUGAUACAUUUUUCGAACUACUAUCCACGCAGCUAUCACCUGUACAAGUACAUCAACCCGUCCUUAUAUCACCUUUUUGAUAUCUACCGCGAUCCAUCUAUUGCGGUAUUCGGUGCACCAGUCGACUUUUACCGCGGUAAUCCAAGAAUAUAUUAUCAGGUAUACGACAUCAACAGGGGGUACGGAAACUCAGCUGCUCUUCUCGCAGCGGUACAAGAAAGACUGUAUACAUCUCUGUCACUUCCGGCAGGGUUAGAGUCCUUCCGGUUCAUCAAUGGAAUCAACUUCAUUUGCAAGGUCACGUGGCAAAAUUUGCAACCUCAGGGAUCGGUGCCAGGACAGGAGACUGUAACCUACCAAGCUAUUCUUUUCACUGACGGAAGGAGAAGUGGUGUUCUGAUGAUGUACCAGGGAGGCAGUUUCAACUGGAAUCCAUUCUCUAAGUCAGUACGGGCUAGAAUCGGUGUCAGCACCAGGCAUGAUUGGUACAACGUCUAUGAAGGAAACUCUCUAGCUGUACUGUAUGAAAGCUAUCGUCCUGAUCUUAGAGUUGGCAACACUGGUCUUCUGGGCAGAGACAUCUACCGUCUUGAUUCGAACCCUGACUGGUACAUCAACCCGCGCCGAUACUGUCAAGAUUGGUACAGUGAUGAUCUGAGCAGGCCAUCAUGGGCACCGUGGGCAGAGCCCUGCCCCUGUACUCGCUGGCAGGCCAGGAUCGAUGGAAGGUUUACUCGCUGCAACUACCCUAUCUAUGGCUACGGCUAUGGCUAUGGUUAUGGCUAUGGCUACGGUUACGGCUACGGCUAUGGACUUCCUAGUUAUUAUUAUGACAGUAGAGGGACUACCUGCUACCAGCCUCGAUGGCCCAUAUUUGGAGGUGGAUACAGAUGUACCUAUGAGUUCUCUGCUUUGAUCAGGGGCUAUAGAAGUCUUUGGCGGUCCAGCCACUACCAAGCAGUAAUGCCAUCGAACGCUAGAUUCUUUUCAUUCUUCUAUUACUCCCUUAGUUACUAUUAUGCAUGGAUUGAGAGAGAUGUCUUACCACGGUUCUACUGCUGUGGACUUGCUGGUGGAAACUUCUGUAGGCUUUACGAGCGACGUCGUCCACGGGCUCACUGCUUUGGAUAUAGGCGACCAUGGUGGGGAUGGUUUUGGGGUGACCCGCAUAUCAAUACUCUGGAUGGGAGGAAAUACACAUUCAACGGCCUUGGUGAAUACAUUACGAUGUCUUACAGUCACGGGGAUCCAUUCCUUUUACAAUCAAGAACUGGCAAGGCUUUUAACAACAGUGAACCCGUUGAGCACGGAACGGUCUUCAUAGGGUUCGCUGCUACACAAGAUGUCACAAAGGUUGAAUUCCAGCUGAACGACAACAGGACAGAAAUGAGUAUUCUUGUUAAUGGUUCCUCCAUUAAUAUGACAGAUUUCCUAAGCGAUGGAUAUGACUCACAGGAUCCGACUUUCAUCUUAUCCUCGGAUAAUGAGACCGAAUCCGAGGAUGAGAUCAAGGUCACCGCUCUCUUUCAACCAGAAGGCUAUUCGAGCACGUCCUUUACAGUGACCUAUAAGAAUGGGAUCUUGGAUAUUGGCGUCAUGGUUCCGCCCGAGUAUUCUGAAAACGCAACAGGGAGGGGCCUGCUUGGUAAUGUCAAUGGGGAUAAAACAGAUGAUUUUCUUUUACGGAAUGGAACGUUACUUACCGAUCAGCCCGGGAGAAAUCUAACAGAAGAAGAAAUAUACCAAUUUGGACAAUCAUGGAUGAUAACGGAGAACGAGUCAUUGUUUGAAUACGGUGAUAGGGACUGGAGUUACUAUAACCCAAGUAACUACACACCAAUAUUCUUAGACGCCCUGCUCGCCCUCGACCAAGACAGGACCAAUGAGGCCCGGGAGACUUGCGGGGAUGACGAAGCGUGCCUCUUCGACUUCCUCGCCGUCAACCCCGAAUUGGGAAUGCAGACGAUGGACACCGGGAACCAACUUGACAACGAACUCCUAAACCUUGAUAAUUUCCCUCCGAACAUAACAAGCGUCACAGAACCUACGGAAACAGAUGCACUACAGGAGGAUGACGUUCUCUUUGUUCAAGUGGGCGUGAACGUUACCUUAGAGAUUACUGCACAUGACCCUGACGAUGAUGAUGACGUAUACUUUACUUUCAACGAUACAACUCCGGAUGGCGCCAAUAUCAGCGCAGAUGGCAUAUUCACCUGGACACCCACUAAUCUGAACGUCUCCUCCAUUGAGAUCAUCGCCAUGGACAACCGAGGUGCAGAGACUUCCCUCUCCUACAAGGUCCUCAUCUGUCAAUGCGAGAACGAUGGCCAAUGCGACUUCGAGAGCCAGGCCGAGGGACAGGACCUCAAUGCCAAUGGCUUUGCUGUGGUCACGUGCAACUGCACUAAUGGGUGGUCAGGUGACCACUGUGACGUAGACUACGAUGCAUGUGAGGACAGCGGGUCUUGUUAUGAGGGGGUUAUCUGCUACGAUGAGCCCCCGUCCUCAGAGGAAGAAUUCAGAUGCGGGUCAUGCCCGCUUCAGCUGACAGGCAACGGGAGUAUCUGCUUCGACAUCAACGAAUGUGCUGAAAAUGACACCAACGACUGUGACCAGACUUGUGAAAAUGAUUUGGGUUCGUACACAUGCUCUUGUAAACCAGGCUAUAGGCUUGGCCUUGAUCAACGUUCGUGUAUUGAGAUAUUCUGUACUGAGGAACUAAUGAAUUCCACGGGAUCUGAAAACUGUACUUGCGCGUCAGGCUUUGAACUCAUAAAUGGAUCGUGUACAGAUUUUGAUGAAUGCAAUGCUGGUGUAGACGAGUGUCCACCUGACAUAUCCACGUGUAACAACCUACCAGGAGAUUAUAAUUGUACUUGUCAUUCUGGAUAUGAAAACAUGUCCCCAAAUAAGUGUGAAGAUAUCAACGAAUGUGAACUUAACAUGGAUAAUUGCAACAGGACUGAAUUCGAUUGUGUUAACAUACUCGGUAACUUUUCAUGCGUCUGCAAGGAAAAUACAACAGAAGUCGAUGGAGUUUGUCUGGGUGCAUUGACGCUGUCACUCAACGUUCGUUUUUCAUUUAUCAACGGGCUAAGCGCUGUUACCUACCCAGAUACAAUUGGCUCCCUGGAAAAUCAGCAGAUAUUGGCGCGAGAUGUCUUGCGUUACCUCAACACAUCAUCAGAACUAAGCGAAGACACGUUGCAGGCUGUAUCUGUGCGGAACUACAGCUUGGCAGGAAGUUCUCUUCUGAUUUCCUUCCGGGUUGACAUAAAACCAGACUCGUCACUGACCGAAUCUAAUCUGGAAAAUAUUUUCAUGGAACUUCUUCCGAGUUCACGGCUUAUUGAACCAAACCAUUUAGUUACGCCCGAGGAUAUCAAUGAAUGUGAGCUAUCUACGGAUGUGUGUGGUAACGGUAACUGUACAAAUACAGACGGUAGCUAUUUUUGUACCUGUCCUGAAGGCUUCCAACUCGGAAACGGGGAUGCUUCUUGCAUAGAUAUCAAUGAGUGUCUCAGAGAUCAUGAAUGCAACCAAACGUGUAUCAACUCACCUGGAAAUUACUCGUGUUCUUGUAAUCCUGGCUUUGAGCUCGAUAAAGAUGGGUUUACAUGCAGUGAUACCAAUGAAUGCAAUGCAACAGACGUGUGUAGUAACGGGAAUUGUACAAAUACAUAUGGUAGCUACUAUUGCACUUGUGAUGAUGGUUUCACUGGAACUGGAAAUGAUUCUUGUACAGAAAUUGAUGAGUGUGAAUCGAACCCUUGCCAAAAUGGAGCGACUUGCAUAGACGGGGUCAACAUGUAUAACUGUACCUGCGCACCUGGUUAUACUGGAACCAAUUGCACAAUGGAAAUAAUCUCCACAACCAGCACCACAGAGGGCCAGUCAGCUACAAUUACAACAAAACUAAGCACAACUCCUCCAGAAGAUAGUGGGUCGACAACUACUUCUGUUUCUGAUUCUAUCACCAAUCCAACGACGAUCGCUUCACCAGAAACGUUCGUGAGCAUCAUAAGGAUUAGUAUCACAGCCAACAGACGAAAUGGUGAAGUGCUUGUAUUCACAGAAGAACUCAAUGAUCGGUCUACGGCGGCUUUUAUGGAUUUGGAAGAUGUCUUUUGCGGUGCGGUCUCAACGCAUUUGAAUGAAACUUUGAAUUCAGCUCUGCUCAUUAGUAUCACAUGUGAGGUAAUCUCUUUCCGAAAUGGUAGUGUGAUCGGUGAUCUUCGAAUCGGGCUUGGUGCACUAUCUCAGGAUUCUGCUGAUAGUCUUGCUGAAUCAGCCGCUGACAUAUCACUGGCGAAUGAGACAUUACCCUAUCUCGGUGGUUCUCUUUACGUUGAAGAGCUAGCCGUAGACAAUUCGGAUAAUUGUGAGAAUAACCCCUGUAGAAAUGGAGGGAACUGCACGGAUGAAUUCAGCACGUAUAGUUGCGCAUGCCCAGAGGAUUACACAGGGAAGAACUGUUCAACAUUCUCUGGUAGGACUGGCCUAUCACCUGGUGCUAUUGUUGGAAUCAUACUUGGUGCUAUGUCGGGAGCUCUGAUAUUCGUUAUCUGCGCAUGUUUAAUAAUGGUCCAGAAAGUCCGUCGUAAUCAGGCAAAUAGGAUGGUGAUGGGGAUGCAGAAGUCUAGCAACUACCGCAUCUCAGACCACCGGCGUAUAUUCGGUGACCUAUGGUCGGAUCGUUCAUCAGACGAUUACUCGAUUGAAACUUCUCUCGAUCGUCGACAGUAUGAUAUCGGUAGGGCUGUUGAUCGGAUAAGACGAUAUCAAGGCAUGGAUAACCCCGAAAGUGAAAUAAGUUAUUAUCGGAGAUCCGGUGGUUUAGAUAACUUUGUUCUACCAUAUGUAGCUGAUGGAGAAAGAAGCAGUGCCAGCGGUGAGAGCGCCGUUGAACGGAACCCGUUAAGCAACAGCUACUAUUAAAACGUCCAAGCACUAUUUAUUAUUUUGACUCUGUUUGAUUUGCACUCAACUCAGAUAAAGAAUUAAGGUAUGAAUGGAUAAUUAUUUUUUCCGCUAUUCUAAUCAUCAAAAAUUAAAAACGGAACUCGGCCCCGUGGUUCGGUUUAAGAAGAAAAAAAAACGAAAUCACAACCAUGCUGUGAUUUCGUUUUGAUAGAUUAAAAACAAAAAUAAU